GCGCGCCCCCGCCGCCCGCGCCGCAGUCCGCAUCCACCCCAGCCGGGUCAGCCUCCACUAAGGCUCCGCGCAUCUCUGAGCCGGCUCGCGGGAGCGAGCAGGGGAGGGGACAGCAGCCGGCGCCUGAGGGCUGCAGGAGUCCGCUCUCCGCAGCGGGCCCCUAGCUGCAGCUGCUGGCAGCAGCGAGCCCGGGGUGCCAACCCGCAGGGGGUGGCAGAGAGCGGUGGGGCGGGGUGGGGGGUCGUGGCUGGUGGCCUGAGGGAGAGCCUGCAGGCAGCAUGGUAGCACUGCGGCCCAGGUGGGGCUCUGGGCCCAGGCUGCUGGCGCUGUCCACGCUGAGCUUCUGCUUAAUGCUGCAAGUUAGUGCCAAGAGGCCUCCCAAGACGCCCCCCUGCCCACCCAGCUGCUCCUGCACCAGGGACACCGCCUUCUGUGUGGACUCUAAGGCGGUGCCCAGGAACCUGCCCUCGGAGGUCAUCUCUCUGACGCUGGUGAACGCUGCCUUCUCGGAGAUCCAGGAUGGAGCCUUUGCCCACCUGCCGCUGCUGCAGUUCUUGUUGCUCAACUCCAACAAGUUUACGCUGAUUGGAGACAACGCCUUCACAGGAUUGUCGCACCUGCAGUACCUCUUCAUUGAGAACAAUGACAUUUGGGCCCUGUCCAAGUUUACCUUCAGGGGACUGAAGUCUUUGACACACCUCUCGCUGGCCAACAAUAACCUGCAGACACUGCCUAGAGACAUCUUUCGGCCCCUGGACAUCCUGAGCGACUUGGACCUGCGAGGCAACUCGCUCAACUGUGACUGCAAGGUAAAGUGGCUGGUAGAAUGGCUGGCACACACCAACACCACGGUGGCCCCCAUCUAUUGUGCCAGCCCACCCCGCUUCCAAGAGCACAAGGUGCAAGACUUGCCGCUGCGGGAGUUCGACUGCAUCACCACAGAUUUUGUGCUGUACCAGACCCUGUCCUUCCCAGCAGUGUCUGCAGAGCCUUUCCUUUACUCCAGCGACCUCUAUCUGGCUCUGGCCCAGCCAGGUGCCAGUGCCUGCACUGUCCUCAAGUGGGACUAUGUGGAACGGCAGCUUCGAGACUAUGAUCGGAUCCCAGCCCCCUCCGCGGUGCACUGCAAGCCGAUGGUGGUGGACAGUCAGCUGUACGUAGUUGUGGCCCAGCUGUUUGGCGGCUCUUAUAUUUACCACUGGGACCCCAACACCACGCGCUUCACCAAGCUGCAGGACAUCGACCCCCAGCGUGUGCGCAAACCCAACGACCUUGAGGCCUUCCGCAUCGAGGGCGACUGGUAUUUUGCUGUGGCUGACAGUUCUAAGGCAGGUGCCACCAGCCUCUACCGCUGGCACCAGAAUGGCUUUUACUCCCACCAGGCUCUGCACCCCUGGCACCGCGACACCGACCUGGAGUUUGUGGACGGGGAGGGCAAGCCGAGGCUGAUCGUGUCUAGCAGUUCCCAGGCGCCGGUCAUCUAUCAGUGGAGUCGCUCCCAGAAGCAGUUUGUGGCCCAGGGCGAGGUGACCCAGGUGCCUGAUGCCCAGGCUGUGAAACACUUCCGGGCCGGGAGAGACAGUUACCUGUGCCUCAGUCGCUACAUCGGCGACUCCAAGAUCCUGCGCUGGGAGGGCGCCCGCUUCUCUGAGGUGCAGGCCCUGCCCUCCCGGGGCUCUCUGGCCCUACAGCCCUUCCUUGUGGGUGGCCGCCGCUACCUGGCACUGGGCAGCGACUUCUCCUUCACGCAGAUCUACCAGUGGGAUGAGGGGCGACAGAAGUUCGUCCGGUUCCAGGAGCUGGCCGUGCAGGCCCCUCGGGCUUUCUGCUACAUGCCUGCUGGGGAUGCCCAGUUGCUCCUGGCCCCCAGCUUUAAGGGACAGACACUCGUGUACCGACACGUGGUGGUGGAUCUCAGUGCCUAGGGCUGCCGAGGUCUCUGGGUUCCUCGGGCAGCUGCUGGAAGCUGGGUAGGAGCUUCUGUGUGAACAGCGUGUGUGCCUGUGUGAAGACACGCGUAGCCAGCCUGCACCUGUGCCCUCACGUGCACCUCCCGUGAGCACAGGCAUGUACCAUGGACUAGCCAGGGAGUCACUUCUCAGCAUUGUAAUCAGCAUGAAGACUUGUCUAUGCACCAGGCAACCCGGCACCUAGGACCUCCCUAUCUGUAGACACCUGUCAACCCAUACCCAUCUCUAAACAACCCCCCACUUGCUCUGCUGCCUUUAAAAUACUCUGGCUCUGGAGGGGGUGAUGGAGAAGGGAGGCUGAACCACCCCUCCUGCUCCUUGACUUUUCCUUCUGGCCCUUGGUCUCUCCUGUUGGUGCUCCAGUUGUCCGUUUACCUACUCAUGCUCCACUCAUAGCCCACAUCCUUCAUCCUGCCAGGUGUACUCACCCACACUGCUCUCCUUCUGCAUGCACACGUGGAUGCUGAUGGAACCC